GACUUAUAUGUAUGCCAUAGUGCAUAUUCACUGAAAAAAAGAAUUAUAUAUGAUACGGCUUUACAAGCGUUUUUGAGAAUGCGAUGUCGUAUCAAGCGAAUUAUUAAUAGAAUUUUUACCCAUGCAAAUAAUGAAAAUGAAGGAGCAAGCAAUCAGAUAGCUACUAACUAGCAGCGUUACCCGUGUUAUUAAUAACAGAAGACACAAAAAGUCAAGCUUAAUAGUCUCUUAGAUUGAAUUUUCAAAAAAAUAGUGAACUAUCUUGUCAUUUAGUUGUCUCUGCAAUAACAGACUUGCGUUUUGGAUUAAAAUCAAAUCGUACUUGUUCUCUCUCUCUCUCCCGGUUUCUUUCUUUCUUUCUAAAGGUGAGUGUACAUAUCAUAUGGAACGUUAAGCGAACAACAUUUUUCGUUAUAAACAGACAAAAACCACUAAAUAUUUUGAGAGGAGGAAUAUAAACUUUUCCUCCUAUCAUUCCUACAUGCAUAUACGAGACUGAAGACUGAGAAGUAUUGGUGUGAAAGGCUAAAAUUCUGGAAUUUUAAAGAAAUUGAUUGAAUAAGAAAAAUCUGAAAAAAACGGAUCAAGUGAAAGUAAAAAUAGUUAAAUAAAAUUUCAGUUUUUAAAAAAUAUAUCAAAUUUUUAUAAAGAGCUCUGAAGACAAAUCCUAUCUGCGUUUCCGUACGAACAUGACUUCUUACAUUGAUUUAAGCACAGUGGAGAAAUCUAUGGCUCAUGCUGGAACACAACUGUGUACAAUGGCUCAUAAAUUACAUCAAGUAGAACGUUGUUUAGAUUGUUGUAAUCUCGAGGAAUUGGAUGACCUAAAUAUGUUGGAGCUAUUAGAAUCUAUGCAUGAGUUUAUCUUUAUGCAGGUGCGUAAUGAGUAUCAAAACUUGCGCAAAGAUAUACAAGAAGUGCAACAAUUGCAACGUGACGUCUCCUCGACAUUACGCUGUCAACUUCGUACCAUGCAUCAGACGUAUCAAUUGCUAAAAAAACGCUUGGAAUUAAAAGCAGAUCAGCAUUAAAGGCAAUCCAGAGUAAAACAAAACACCUUCAUCACGCCAAUGACGACAGUGUCUCGUUUCUCUAUUCCUCUCUUAUCAUCAUAGGAGAUGAAAUUUGUAGGUGUUCUGUGAUACAAGGAAUAUGCACAUCGAGCACAGAUACAGUAUGCAUACUUGCCAAACGUAAAUAAAGCAUUUACGUCUGUCUGUCUGUUUAAAUGAUUCAUCAUUUUAAAGUCAGUGUUAAACGAAAAUUAAAUAAUGGAUAUAUAUAUAUAUAUAUAUGAAAAUAAACAGAUUUACGCAACUAUUAAGUAAAUUGCCUAUAUUUCAAAACAGCAUUUAUAUUGUAAAACAAUAUUUAUAUUACGAACAUAUAGCUAUCACCAUUUACAAUAUCUCUUCAUCUAUCUAUCUAUCUAUCUCUCUCUCUCUCUCUCUCUCUCUCUCUCUCUCUC